AUGGUCCAUUCUGCCCCUGCUCCCUCCGUAGCCUCAUGGAACACGCCGCUUGGUACCAGCGGUCUCAGCGGCGGGCCGAUUGCUGGGAUAAUUCUUGGUGUAGUAAUAGGCUGUGUGAUUGCGGGGCUGUUGAUCGCAUGGCGAAUCAAGAGGAGAACCAGGGGAAGAAGGGUGGUGCGACCCGUUGUGCCGAAAAUCUCCGCUCACACUUCCAUUUUCACCAAAGCCCCCGUCGUCCUCCUCGAGCUCACAGGUCACGCCUUGAUAGAGCUUUCGAGAGUCGGAAAUGAGAGGAAGCGCCAAAUGUUGAGAGACGCGUUGGGUCAGCAUUGGGGGGAAGACGGGAAGGCACCUUUUCGCCUGGCGGUUCGGCGGUCGACUUUGCUUCUCCUGGAAGCCAUGAAGCAGAGUCGUCUGAGCAGGAAGAGUAGGGGGCGUCCGAUGGAUGGCGGCGUAGCUGGGGUUACAAAGAUGUUCGGCUUGUACGCCCACAUCAUUGAAGACACCAGUACAAUGUCAAACCUAUCCCGCUUCUCCCUCGGCGCUACCAAUCUCCGCGAGGAUGAUCUUGAAGCCAGCUGGCCGGCGACUCGGAUUUAUCAAGACCUCUACACGCAAGAUCUGGCUUCCUCCCUCGCUCAAUCUCCCAUGAGCGACGCUUACAGGAUUGACGUCUUGACGUGGAAGCUUGAUGACCAUCCUGAGUUCAAAGCUGCUCUCGAGGGGCUGGUGUCUACCCACAGCCCCAAGAUCCGCCUCAUCGAUAUAGAGCUGCUCUUGGUACAGGCCGGGGCCUGGAAAGCGUACCUUUCCGACCUGAACUCUGUGGCCACAUCACACCCACAGGCCGACCUCCAAGACACUUGGGUCCCUCCGCCUGAGCAGCCUCUUGGGAACAAUCCUCUCCCGUUUGACGAGUGUCACAUCGACACCAACGUCGUCAUGGCGCCCAACCAACGUGGCGUACUCGACAAUGGUGUUGCGCAGGUUACCAUCGACUUUGCAAGUACACUUGCACCUAUGUCGGUGGUAAGCUAUGCGGCGACACUCGAGCUCUCCCCCAUCGUCCUCCCCUCUCUCCAAGCCAAAAUUGCUUCCCUCCAACAGCAAGCCCAAUACCAAGAGUUGGAUUGGUGUUUUCAGGUGGAUAAGCCGAGUUACCUUUUCUUGGCGGGAGACCCUGCUCAACAGGAGCUACACAUCACUAUCUACAACGAGACAGGCAAGAUGUACACUCCGGUUGUAAAGGAUGACGGGAUAGAGCUGGCUGCUGUGGUGGCGAGGAGACGAGGAUGGCAGGUCGCGAUGUUGACUCGGGAUGAGAUCCUCGGCUUGAGGAUGAAGUCGGUGGGCAUAUGGACAUUCAGCCCUAUAUAG